AUGCCUCUGCCCAACCUGACGCCGUCUUGGGCGGCAACUGGGAUGCGUAACACGCGUACACGACUGCUUCUUGUCGGGAUAGCAGCUGUUCUCGUUCUCCUCUGGUCUACGUUCUACCUUUUCAACUGGCGUAAACCACCACCAUGGAAAUGGCCGCCUCCCUACCCAAACUACUACCCUCAUACACCCUAUCGGCCCCAAAAACCGAUUCCCAAGUACCCACGGAGCAAUGUCCCAUGGCUCGAUACCCUCUCCCUCACCCGAGAGGUCAACAUCAGUGCUAUGCUCGCUUCCCAGCCAGGGAAAUGGGACAUGUUCCUAGACCCGAUUCCCGAGCUCCUGUACGCUCCUCCUCCAAGGACUCAUCGGUGUGAAGACAAUGCAGAAUUUGGGCCGAUGUUGUUCGUUGGCGUGUUCACUAUCGCCGCGGAGCACAAGCAGCGCGCGGUCAUCCGAGCGCUUCAGACGCUCCAGUCCCCGCCAAGCGAGCAGGUGGUGAUGAAGUUCAUCCUUGGCCGAAGUCCCGACGCAUCCCUGCAGAGUAUGGCAGAGACAGAAGCGGAGAUGUAUGGAGAUAUCGUGUUUUUGGAUAUACAAGAGAACAUGAAUGAGGGCAAGACGUAUGUGUAUUGGAAGUGGGUGUCGAAGUUACCCGUGGGGCAGCAGCCGAGAUUUGCCCUGAAAGCAGACUCAGAUACAUUCCUCAUCCUCCCCAACGUCCUCCACUCCCUCGCCCCCGUUCCCUGCUCCCUCCCAGUCUACUGGGGCACCUCCUGGGGUUCCUGUAUAGAAACCUGCUACCCGCUCUACUGCCGCGGUCUCUCGUACGGGAUGUCCUGGCCUCUGAUCUCCUGGCUCGGGCAGGCAGACCUGCCCCAAUGGGCGACGGAGGGGAUGGAAGACGCGAGGACCGGAGCGUGGUUUGGCAACUUGCCGCAGGGAGAGGAAUCCUUGAUGCUUGUGGAUUUGUACACUCAUGCUGGGGACUGGGAUGGGACGACUAUCACGUAUGACACGGACAUCGUCGCGUUGCAUGCGAUGAAGAAUCCUCAGUUGUAUGCGCGUGUGGCAGCAGCCAUGUUGCAGGUCUGGGAAACGGCCGGGAGGGAGUGGAGAUGGCCGCCUGAGGGCACCGAGUGGAACGAUUAAGCUAGAGAGGUCCUUGUACAUACGUUGCAUACGCUCUCCGCAUGAUACCCUCACUGUUGCUGUAAUACCUGCCUUCAUUGAC